AUGCAGGAAACCAGCGAUUGUAUCAACAUUGAUCCAGCGCUGCCCAUCUACAAUUACGCCUGCGGCUAUGAGAUACUCGAUAUCUUCAGGUCGUGCCUCAUCCUCCCAGGUGGCCCCGACUACCGAGCGCAGACGCUGGCAGACAUCACCGAGUGCAGGGCCAGCGGAGGUGGCAACCCAGACGAGGAAGAGCUCGCCCAAUGGCGCAACUGGGCCGCGUUUCUCGCUCGGCUCGCCGUCCGGGACGUCGAGAGUCUGUGCUACGGCAUAUGGAUCAUCAGGAAGGCCCUGGAGGGAGGCGUCAGGUCGGAGAACCAAAACACCCCCAUCGUCAAGGGCGACUCCCUGCACACUCGGCUCUGUGGCGUCCGUGACUGGCUCAACAUUGCGGGGCCGCGCAUCUUGCAGCUCUUGCUCGUCAGUGCGGGUAACGGGACUGCCGUGGACGACAUGGCGGCGCGCACUUGUGAGCCUGGGAGGCUCUGCGGUGACGCUGUGCCCGCGUUUGGGGUGGAGAGGUGGAGCUUUUGGAAGCAGAGGCUCGGGGAGAUGUCGGGCCCCAGCUUGCCGAGCUGGAGCUGGAUGAGGAAGAUACGGUUCCGCUGUGCAAUGAGGUGCUCGCGAUUAUGGGGAGGAUCGAACAGGAGGCAGGGCUUGUUUAAGGAGACGAGUCGACACAAGGAGGAAUUAUGA